AUGCUAUGUCUCAAAGGUGCAAACGCUUGUUCAUCUCAUGAAAGUUAUGGUGAAAUCCUAACUGAUAAGAUGAUAGUUGAGAAGAUAAUGCGUACAUUGACCUCUCAUUUUGAUCACGUUAUUGUUGCUAUUCAAGAAUCCAACAAUCUCAAAACAUUGAAAUUGGAAGAUUUGGUUGGUUCAUUGGAGGCACAUGUGAUGAAGAUCGUAAAAAAGAAAGGUGUUCAAGAUUCGAUAGACGCUCUACAGGAUCAACCAUGGAAGAAACAUGGUGGUUCCAACAAGUUCAAUGGAAAAGGAGAAAAGACUCAUAGCAAGAAGUCUUGGUCGAACCCUCAAAAGCAUAAGAAUGGUUGGUACAAGAAAGUCAAGAAUGAAGGAGCAAGCCUUGCACACCAAGAUUCAGAUGAUUAUGAAGACAUGAUGGUUAUGGUUGCAGUUGCAGAUGAGCAUGUUGACACCAAGAUCUGGUUUCUCAACACAUGUUGUUCGAAUCACAUGUCUGGUCAAAAAGUGUGGCUAGCAGAUUCCUACGAGUCAAAGAAGAGCAAGCUCAAACUUGGUGACAAUAGCUCAUUGCAAACAGAAGAUACCGACGACAUAGUUAUUCAAAGGAGCAAUGAAGUGAAGUGA